CUGACGAUUGACAAGCAUGUGGGAAGACAAUGUAUAAAGCUCCGAAAUUUGUAGGUGGAUGCUCAGCUACUACUUUGGAUUCGUUUGUGUAAUCAGCUGCGAGUGAAGCCCUGUGCCUGGACAGUAGCGUGCAGUUUUUGCUUCUUACCGGGGGAGAUGAAGUGCUGGAUCAUCGUUGCCACUCUUUUGAUUAAUAUGCCCCUUGGCAGUGCCUGGAAUGCCCGGUAUGCGGUGGACUGCCCUGAACGCUGCGACAGUAAUGAGUGUAAGAGCACCACGCGCUGCAAGAGGACGGUGCUGGAUGACUGUGGGUGCUGCAGAGUCUGCGCCGCAGCCGUUGGCGAAACCUGUUACCGUACAGUUUCUGGGAUGGACGGCGUUAAAUGCGGGCCUGGUUUAAAGUGCCAGUUCUUUACAGAAGAGGACGAUUUUGGAGAUGAAUUUGGGAUUUGCAAAGAAUGUCCAUAUGGUACCUAUGGCAUGGAGUGUCGAAAGAGCUGUAUUUGUCCUUCUGGAAUAUGUGACAGGGUGACAGGCAAAUGCUUGAAAUUUCCAUUUUUCCAGCUCACUGGAGGAAAGUCAGGAAACAAACUGAGACGGGUUUCCCAUUCAGAUACAGAAAUGUCAUCUGGUGAUGGGAACAACUUAAAAGAAGAAUUGUUAAAAGAGAAAUCUGUUCGUUCACCUGAAAUAAAAUGGUUAAAUCCACGCUGAAAACCAAUCAAAGGACAUUCAAUUUGAUUUAAAACAUUGACAAAUAUUGCAAAAGGAAACACGUAGAACAA